CAAGAUCCGCUUCCUCACCGUCCGCUGCAGUCAGUCGCGGAUCAGAAGAGGUUUGUCUCAUGAGCCAAGAUGGCCGAUUUCGAAGAACAGCUCACUGAGGAAGAGAAGGUGCGCAUUGCGGCUAAUUUUGUCGUCCAUGCUCCACCUGGAGAAUUCAAUGAAGUCUUCAACGAUGUGCGGCUACUGCUCAACAAUGACAAUCUUCUCAGGGAGGGUGCAGCACAUGCCUUUGCCCAGUACAACAUGGAUCAGUUCACCCUUGCCAAACUUGAAGGGUAUGAUGAUCAGGUGCUGAUCACAGAGCAUGGAGACCUGGGCAAUGGCCGUUUCUUUGACCCCCGCAACAAGCGGUCAUUCAAAUUUGACCACCUGAGGAAGGAGGCCAGUGACCCCCAGCCCCAUGAGGGAGAGGCAGCUCUCAGACCCUGGAGAGACGCGUGUGACAGCGCUCUGAGGGCCUACGUCAAGGAGCACUACCCCAGCGGCGUCUGCACUGUUUAUGGGAAAACUAUUGACGGCCAGCAAACCAUAAUUGCUUGCAUUGAAGGUCAUCAAUUUCAACCAAAGAACUUCUGGAAUGGUCGUUGUCGGUCUGAAUGGAAGUUCAGCAUCUCCCAAUCUACAGCUCAAGUCGUUGGGGUCCUCAAAAUACAGGUGCAUUACUACGAGGAUGGAAAUGUGCAGCUGGUCAGCCACAAGGAAGUACAGGAAUCCCUCACUGUAAAUAGUGAGACUCAGACUGCAAAGGAGUUUGUGAAAAUCAUUGAGGAUGCAGAAAAUGAAUACCAGACGGCCAUCAGUGAGAACUACCAGACCAUGUCUGACACCACAUUCAAAGCCUUGCGCCGGCAGCUUCCUGUCACCCGCACCAAGAUUGACUGGAACAAGAUCCUCAGCUACAAGAUUGGCAAGGAGAUGCAGAAUGCUUAGAGGACAGUGUGUCAGUCAUUGUUACUGUGUUACUGCAAAGACAGAGAGGGUAGGGGAAAAA